CGUUGGCCUCUCGCAGUUUGAGCGAAGACGGGACAAAGCUCGAUUCGGCAAAAUGAGGUGGCUCCAGCCGAGGCUUGUCUGCGACCGCGAUCGACUCCUCGUGUUUGUGCGAACUUGCUGACUGCGAACUAAGUCCCAGCUAGGUGUGUUCCUCAACUUUGAUGUUUGGCCCGAAAUUUCAUUAGGGGAGCGGCGACGCCUUUGUGUGAUAAGAAGAGAGGACGAAGAAUAAGGAUUUUGGCCCGAGAAAGCAAAGUUUCGCCUCACCCCUCUGUCAGUGAAAUUCUUCUUUGUUACAAAUUUCCGGCUGCCCCUAAAAAUAAACUUCGCUGUUUUUCCUCCGAGUAUAAUCAAGUGUGUGGAAAUCUUUUUUCGCGAAGAUGAAGUUGUGGUUUGUGAUGGCGGUGCUGACGACGCUGGCGGCUGAGGGCAGGGCGGCCAGCGAACCGGCCAGCAUCCCGACGACGCGCGAAAUUGUGAUAAAGCAGGGCAAGAUCCGCGGCAUCGUGCUCAAGUCGAGCAACGCGAACCGCGGCAACGUGAACGUGUACCUGGGCAUCCCAUACGCGGCUCCGCCAGUCGGCACGCAGCGUUUCAUGCCCCCGGGGUCACCGCCCCCGUGGUCCGGGGUCAGGCAGGCUGACAGUUUCGGGCCCGUGUGUCCCCAGAAGCCGCCGGACAUCUCUAACGAGAAGGAGGCGCUCAAGGCCAUGUCGGCCGGUCGCUUCCACUACCUCAAGAGGCUGCUGCCCUAUUUGCGAAACCAAAGCGAGGAUUGUCUGUACCUCAACAUCUACGCACCCAGCACCUCACAAUCAGGUCAUGCGAACGCCGGUCGCAAUUUGCCCAAGUACCCGGUGAUUGUGUUCAUCCACGGCGAGUCCCUCGAGUGGAACGGCGGCAACCCUUACGACGGCUCUGUCUUGGCCAGCUACGGCAGCGUCGUCGUCAUCACUAUCAAUUUCAGACUCGGCAUACUAGGUUUUCUGAAGCCAGGCGUGACCAGCAACACGGUGAGCAACUUCGGUCUGUUGGACCAGGUGGCCGCCCUUCAGUGGGUCAAGGAGAACAUAGCCGCGUUCGGGGGUGACCCCAACAGCGUCACCCUAAUGGGUCACGGAACGGGAGCGGCGUGCGCAAACUUACUGCUCGUCUCGCCAUUAUCGCAAGCUGACGGAGGUUUAUUCCACCGGGCCAUCCUGAUGAGUGGCACGGCGAUGGCUGACUGGGCAAUAACGAAAAACCCGCUGAAAUACACAAUCCAAGUGGCGCAGGCCGUCAACUGCCCUCUAAUCGAAAAAGCCGACGAACUGGCCUUUUGUCUGCGCCGAAAGCGACUGUCCGAGCUCAUGUCCAUUCCAAUCCAAGUGCCGGCGUUCGUCACGCCCUUCGGACCAGUCGUCGACGGAUCUGUCGUGCCCAAUGAGCCCCACAUACUCAUGGGUGUCUACCGAGAGCUCUUCAGCAGGUACGAUCUGAUGUACGGCGUGUCCGAAAUCGAGAGCUACCACAUGUUGGACGCGGUUUCGCUGGCGUACGGCAUGCUGGAGCAGGAGCGAGACCAAAUGCUGCACAAUUACAUCUCGGCGCGUUACGAGCUGCGGCCGGAUGCCGUUUUCGCCAGGGUCCUCCAAAGGUACAACCCUGGCUGGCAGGUGAGCGGCCACGAGCAGACUGUGUCCGCGGAGCAAACCAGGGACCAACUUCUGAGCAUUCUGACCGACGCCAGGACGACGGCGCCGCUCGUCCAGAUGGGCAACUUCCACUCUGUCGUCAAUCCCAAGUCGUACCUCUACGUCUUCACGCACAGGUCCAAAUAUGGCGACUACCCUGCGAUUCCGGAGAGCAUCCACGGCGAGGAGCUGCCGUACGUGUUCGGCGUUCCGCUGGACGGGGGCAGGUUCCACUUCCACCAUAAGUUCACGCAGCCGGAGGCGGCGCUGUCGCAGACCAUGAUGGAUCUGUGGACAAACUUUGCCAAAACCGGCAACCCGAACGCGCCCCGAAAGGCGAGCUUUCCGGCGCCGAGCGGGCGCGAGUGGCGGCACAAGGACCUCGACUGGCCCGAGUACGACACCUCCAACCAGACCUAUCUCAGGAUAGGAAUUCCUCCAGACACCCGUCGCCAGUACAAACGCAGCUCAAUGGAAUUCUGGAACCGCGACCUUCCGCAGAUGCUGGAGGACGACGCGAGCGGUCGCGACACUGUCCACCUUCUGCGACCGUCACCCCCUCCCCUGCCUCCGUCCAUGGUUGAGCCCGACUGGACGCACGACAUUUUCUACCCGGACGGCCCGCUGCCCCCCUUUCUGUUCACCGAAAUCCCAACCGAUCCGCAGGGUCACGCUGACCACCCGAAUGACCGCGACGACGCGGAAAUCACGGCAACAACCGAAGAAGCCGUUCCUGCGGGAAUCCUGCUCGGCGGCGCCGCGUCGGUGCUGCGGCUCACGGUGGUGCUCGGGGUUUUGUUCCUCUUCAUCAACCUCGUCGCAUUCUCCGCCAUCUAUUAUCAGCGCAAGAAGUUACGCGUGCAGGAGCAGCGCGUGCUGACCACCAUGGGCCUCACUUCGGCCUCGUCCCAUGACGGACACGCCGACGGUCCUCCGGACGGCGCACGAAAACCGUGGGUUCUCUCGCAGAACGACAACAACGCGGCGAUGGACGCCAGCGCCAGGGUGCGCGACUGGAUCGCGCACGACGUCUCGCCCGACAACUUCAGCGAGAGUGUCCAGGACAGCCCGCCCAAGGCUAGUUUCUACCCUGCCAAGAGCUCGGCGUCCAUCGUGCUCACCCCCUCCCCCAGAAGUUCAAUUGUUGAUCCUGGUAUUCCAAAAACUCACACCCCAGUGACCUUCAAGGACAUCAACGUGACGUCCCUGGACGAGCGCACGGUGGGCAACGUCAUGGCGGUGGACGCGCUGGACACGAUGCGCCGCAAAAACUACCCUCGGGUCCUGCCGGCUGAACCAAUACCGGACAGUAUCAUGAAGCGGCGGUCGCUGCCCAUCGAAGGCCACCUGCAGCCGCCCGUUCAGUUCCAGGACGCCCAGCUGAAGGUCAGGCCGGCCCCUCCCCCUCGGACGACCGCUCUGCUGUCCCGGACGCCGAGUCGCGAGAGCAAACCGAUGGUCCUGGACAGCAAAGGCCCCUCCACGGCGUCGGAAGGAAAGCAGGGCGAUUCGGAAAACAAAAGAACCCCCGCCGUGGAGGCUAAGAGCAAUUUUUUCAAUUCGACCACAAAUAAUAAUGUGGUCACCCAACCCAGAGUGGUGGUCAAACCGAGCAUUCUGCCGAGGAAACCGUCGGACAGAACGCCGCGGGUGUCCAUGGUGCAGGAUGACAAUAAGUCGCCGUCGCCCGAGACGAGUGACAAUUCGACGGGGACUGUGAAGCACGUAAAAUUCGAUCCGAACGUCACCACCAGCUCGGUGUGAUGAUUUUAUAUUUUAUCAGACUGUUAAAUCUAUUUACUUAGCUCAAGGAUAAUUUAAUCUUUUAUAUAAUUAUUUGAAGAGAAUUGUUAGCUUAGGAAAUUAUUGUUUUGCUGAUGUAGAUUUAAGUGUCAUUAUUCCAGUUAUUACGGUCUUAAGCAUUUGAAGGGAUGAGAAUUAUGUUCAAUGUUUGCCUUUUUUUCAAAUUGCUUAAUAUUUCCAGUUGGUUUUGAGCUCGAUUGAAAUAGUUUAUAAUUAUUAUUAUUAUUUGAAUUUUAAAAAACAUAAGCAUAGCAGCAAAUUCUUUCAAAAUUUACCAUAAAGCAGAAUAAAUAUAAUUAUAUCUGUAAAAGCCAAGAAAAAAUAGAUCGCAAAUUUGAUAUGCCUGCGACUCACAAAAAAAUAUUUGAGAAGCUGUAAUUCUCAUCCCUGAGCAUUUCUUUCAAUUUGUCCCAUUUUGUCUUGUAUUUUUAUUGUUCCGUUUUUACACAAGCUGAUCAACCACACAAAACACAGUUCAACAAUUUAAAAUGACCACGUACAAAAGCACAAAUCAAUAUCUCAAACAACUGACAAUGAAGACAUUUUUGAGACCUCAAUUUUCACUACCUUCGUGCCUUUUAAAUACUUAAAAUAAAAACUUGAAGCUUAAAGCAAAUAUUUUCAGCUCAACGAAUGUGAUUUAAUAUUUGCCGCCAGGCAUUUCAGACGAAAUUUGGCGAUCUAAAAAGUAUUUCUAAAUUAUUGUGUCUGAAGUGUUUUGGGACGGCGGGUCUUUAAUAUUUUCUGAAAUAUAUCUUGUUUCACACAUUUCUCGAGGAUAAUAUCGCGUCAGAUGUUUGGAGGAGGAAAAAACGAGAAACGUAUUAUUUUUAGAGCCAGUCGUAUAAAAAAAAUCAUAGUUGGCGCGACGCACGCACAUAUCAGAAGAAAACAGGCUGGCUAUUUUGACUGCGAGACGAAGAAAAUCCCCUUCGAAAGUGACCCUAUAUAAGUGCGGCUGAAAAUAGCCCCCAAAGAAGUGCACCACUCGAGCUUUCACCGCGGCGCGACAAUGACAUUUUGACACGCCGGUCCAAUUAAAAAGAAGCGCGGGUGUCGCCGUUUGUCUUCUCGAAAAUAAAUAAAGGCAGCUCUCGAAAAAAAUACGCGUCGCAGAACGUUAAUAGUGAUUUCUUUCAAUUUUUAUUCUCAUCAUCUGCGCGUGUGUAACAUCAAGAAUAAAUAAUUGUCUCCAAACAAGGAUGGCUUUUC